AUGAAAAAGCAAAUAAAUAAAGAUUUAGAAGAAAAUAAAGAAGAAGAAUUUGUAUAUUUAAUAGAUGGGUUUACAAUGACACCUCAAUAUCUUAUUAAGGGAUGUAAAAAAUCACAUCAGAUAUAUCUUCAUCCAACAUGUUUAGAAAGUAUUCCUCAAAUAUCAGAAGAUACAAAUAUUAAUAUUUUAGAAAAAUUUAAUGAACAAUUAGAUGGAUGUUCUGAAGAAAUACUUUCUCCAUUUAAAACAAGAGGUAUUUUAUUAUUAAAAAUGAAUGCGAUUUGUAGAGGAAAUACUCCAGUACAAUAUGAAACUAUUAAACUUCUUCAAGAACUAUAUCAAAAAGAUAUUCUUCCAAUUAUUCCAUUAAAAACAAAAAGAAGUAUUUGUAACAAUACAUAUCAUAUUGCUGCUAUAGGAAAAGUACUUAUUGGAGAAGGAGAAGUUCUUUAUAAUAAUGAAAAAAAGAUGACAUUUGAAGUAUUUGAGAAAUUACAAAUUAAACCUAUUAAAAUGAAAAUUCCUGAAUAUAAAGCAUUUUUAGAAGGAAAUGAAAUGAAUAUUUUAACAAUUAUUAAUGGAAAUAUUAAAAUAUGGAAUUGUUUUAAUGCAUUAGUUCUUGGAGUAUUUUUUGGGUUAAUUGCAAAUAACAAAAUAACACAACCAGUAGAAUCUUCAUUUUUUAAACAAUUUACUAUGAAAGGACCAUCAAGAUUAGUUAAUUUAACUAAAAAACUAUUCAGAGAAAUAAAAGAAAAAGAAAAUAAAGGAAUUUAUCAAAUCCAAACAGAUGCAACAGUAGUUGAUUUUAUUUGUUCAUUUGGUAGAAUACUUGAAAUUUUAAUUCUUAAUAAAGAAAUGAUUGAAAUAGAAUUAAAUAGUGUUAGAGAUCAAUGUUUUGUAGUUCAAAGAAAAGAAGAUAUUGGUAUAUCAACACCAUUAUGGGGAUGUGGAAGUUAUAGUGGAAUUGUUGCAUAUCAAAUUACAGGAGUUAUUAAAGAAUGUAUUUUAUUAGCAAAACGUUAUUCUAACUUAGUUGAUAUUUCUAUUUGUAUACCAGAAGAAAAGAAAGAAGAAGAAAUUAUAGAAAGUCCUUAUGAAAAUUGUUUAGUUCAAUUAAAAAUAAGAAUUGAAGAACUUUGUAAAGUUGUUGAGAAUUAUUAUAUUGGUGUUAUACAAUUAAAUAAAAAAGUAAUAGAAAAAACACCAAUAAAUAAUCUUUUUAUUGAAAUUAAAUCAAUAGAAAUUUCAAUAUUAGGUGAUUCUAUUAAAUAUGGAGAUAUUGAUAAAAUUAUUAAUGAAUAUCAUUUUAAUUUUUAA